CUUCAACUGCGAUGAGCGUUUCCUUUUUUGUAGAAUUGUAUAACACCUACUUGGCCCAAAGCAUAAUGACAAUCAAACACACUAACAUGUUUGCUAGAGCCUAGCUGUGAAAGGCCCUUAUUCUUUUCACUGUUGAUACUUAAUAAAUUUUUGUUCUCACUAAGAAACAAGAGGAAAUUUGGUUUAUCAAGAAAGGUUGGAUUUAGAAUCAGAUAGGCCUGAAUUCCAAUUCUUCAAGCAGUUACUACUUUACAUGUGAGUUUUAUAUUGCUCAUCUGUAAGAAAGAGACUAGUGUCACAAAGAAUUCCAUAGGCACUACUCCCUGGCUUGUGAGCUCCUCCUGGACAAACAUUCCCUCUUACCCAUUUUCAUAGUCCCUAGCACUAUGCUUGGCACAUUAUUGGUGCUCAGUAAAUGUUAAAUCUGAGUACUGGUUAACAUUAGUUAGACCUUAUGUCUUAAUUGCAGCUGCCAAAUUAGAAUAUUUUCUCAGACUAAAUGCCAACUAAGAAGUUUCAGACUAUAAAAUUCAUAAAGUUAUGAUAGACUCAGUUUUUUCUUAACGGCAAUAAUUAUAAUAAACUAAGGAGAUCUUAAUUCAAAUACAUUAUAGUUGACGUUAGUAAGGUAAAGCUAUAGAUAAUGUUUGAACAGUUCUGAGAAAAUUCGUUAUAGGCAGCUUAAAAUUUGGGAACAUGAAAGUUUAACCAGCUCUGCUCUCUUGUUUUGUUUCUGAGGAAUCUAAAACCAGCAGAAAUAGUGACUUUCCUACAAUCACACAGCUCACAGAGGGCACUCUAAGAGAGAUGCCCAUAAGUGUGUGUCCCCUGCCUUCUUUUGGCUGGACCAGAAUGUUUUGUUUUUUAGAAUCACAGUAAUGUAGAGGAAUGGGGAGUUGGCCAUUACUUACAUGGACAUUUUUUUCAAGUUGGGAAAAAAAAAAUCUUAGUCUAAAAGGGAAGGCUUUUUAUAAUAUUCUGAACUGUCUUCAUGCUUACAAAGAAAAUUAUAGCCUUUUCCCGUCGUGUUCAGGCCCACAUGAAUUGUUCAAUUUGAUUUAUGAUAACCAUACUGCUAUAACUGAAAGGAGCUAAUUAGAUACACAAAUAAACUGAAUAGCAAAUUAUAAGGAAAAAAAGACAACUGAAAUAAUUCGGCUCUUUUCUUGGGAAAGACAUUAAUUACAAGCUUUUGCCUGUGGAAUCUGUUGUCUAGGAAAAAUUCGAGACUCGAUAGUAAAGGUAUAGAAUUUUUCUGGUAUAGGCUACAACUCUUAUUUGGUUGUAACAAUUUGAUAUGUUUGAUGUAAUGGUGUUAAUGUCUAAAAACUUCAAGCAAUAAACCCCCUAUUUUCCUAAUGCCUCUAGUCUUUCCUCCUCCUAGUAGAAUUCCUAUUCAGCCAUACUGAUCUUUUUACUAACCCCUAGGCUUAUUUUCAUUUCUGAAGAUAGAAUGUUUGGGCCGCCUUCCUUGUCUGUCCUACUCUAGUGGCAACAGAAUUCUAAAAAAAUAAAUGGCACAUUCAAUUUAGGAUAAUUCAAAUUAGGAGAGUAUGUAUACAAAGAUAUUCAUAAUGAAGAUGUGAGACAUAUAAGCAAGCCACAGGAAUAUUCUGUUUAUCUAGAGCUAACAGCAACAGAAGGGAGAGUCUUCUAGAGCAACCUGCCUGGAGAGAAUGGCCUUCUGUUGAGUGACGUGCCAGACCAAGAUGACCUAGAAGGAGGGCACUAAGAUAUGGAAGAAAGUAGCAGUGUUGCCAUGUUGGUGCCAGAUAUUGGGGAACAGGAAGCUAUAUUGACUGCUGAAACUGUCAUCAGUUCAUCCGUGGAAAUUGAUGAACAAAAAAAAGCAAAAACUGAUCCAUUAAUCCAUGUUAUCCAAAAAUUAAGCAAGAUAGUGGAACAUGAAAAGUCACAAAAAUGUCUUUUAAUUGGAAAAAAGCGUUCACGGUCAAGUGCUGCAACGCGGUCUCCUGAAACUGAAGAACUUGGUGAGAUUCCAGCUAAAGUAACCCAAUCACCUGCUGCUGGUAUUAGAAGGGCUGAGAUGUCGCAAACAAAUUCUACCCCUGACUCUCCUGCCCAGAACGAUGGGAAGGCCAUGUCGUACCAGUGUAGCCUCUGUAAAUUCCUGUCAUCAUCUUUUUCUGUGUUGAAAGAUCACAUCAAGCAGCAUGGUCAGCAGAAUGAGGUGAUACUAAUGUGCUCAGAGUGCCACGUUACAUCUAAGAGCCAAGAAGAACUUGAAGCUCACGUGGUAAAUGACCAUGAGAAUGAUGCCAACAGCCAUCCUCAGUCCAAAGCCCAGGAGUGCGUGAGUCCCUCCAACUCCUUGUGUCAGAGAACCACAGAAAGAAAUAAUGAAACCAUUCCUGAUGUCCCAGUGAGUGUGGAUAACCCUCAAGCUCGUGCUGUCCAGACUGCACCCGUGACAGAAAUGGGUAGGAGGAAGUGGUAUGCAUAUGAACAGUAUGGCAUGUACCGGUGCUUGUUUUGCAGUUAUACUUGUGGGCAGCAGAGAAUGUUAAAAACACAUGCUUGGAAACAUGCCGGGGAGGUUGAUUGUUCCUAUCCAAUCUUUGAGAAUGAAAAUGAGCCCCUUGGUUUGCUAGACGCUUCGGUAGCUGCUGCACCUGGGGGCGUUGAUGCAGUGGUCAUUGCUAUUGGAGACAAUGAACUGAGUAUCCACAAUGGGCCUUCCAUUCAGGUGCAGAUCUGCAGCUCAGAGCCGUUAUCAUCUGCUCCUUUAGAACAGAGCAUGGAAGGCAGAGUUCACCUCAGUCAGUCAGUUACCCUUGACCCUCACGAGGAAGAAAUGCUGGAGGUGAUUUCUGAUGCUGAGGAGAAUCUGAUCGCUGAUAGCCUGCUUUCGUCAGCACAGAAAAUCAUUAGCAGUAGCCCAAACAAAAAAGGCCAUGUUAACGUGAUAGUGGAACGUUUGCCGAGUGCUGAAGAAACACUUUCCCAGAAACGUUUCCUCAUGAAUGCUGAAAUGGAAGAGGGGCAGAACCUCAGCCCAGCAGAAGCUCCAAUUGGGUGUGAAGGCACAGAGGAGAUUUACCAUGCUGAUAAAUGUACUGUUGAUAUCGGGGGACUGAUCAUAGGCUGGAGCAAUCCAGAGAAGGAGGACAGCGAGUUAAUAAAUAAAGGACUGGCUACUGAUGAAAAUGCCCCACCAGGCCGAAGAAGGACGAAUUCUGAGUCUCUUAGGCUGCACUCAUUGGCUGCAGAAGCGCUGGUCACGAUGCCUAUAAGAGCUGCAGAACUAACAAGAGCCAACCUUGGACACUACGGGAAUAUAAACCUUUUAGCUCCAGAUACCGGACAAAGACAAGUAGAUAGUACGUUGGCAGCGUAUUCCAAAAUGAUGUCACCACUUAAAAACUCUGCAGAUGGACUAACUACUUUUAACCAAAGCAACUCUACCUUGGUAGCGCUCCCAGAGGGUCGGCAGGAACUGUCUGACGGGCAAGUUAAGACAGGCAUCAGCAUGUCCCUACUAACUGUCAUUGAAAAGUUGAGGGAAAGAACAGACCAAAACGCUUCAGAUGAUGACAUCUUGAAGGAGUUACAGGAUAACGCCCAAUGUCAACCCAACAGCGACACAAGCGUGUCAGGAGGCAGUGUGGUGGAGUACAUCCCUAACGCUGAGCGGCCCUACCGCUGCCGCUUGUGUCACUACACAAGUGGUAACAAGGGCUACAUCAAGCAGCACCUGCGAGUCCAUCGACAGAGACAGCCCUACCAGUGUCCUAUCUGUGAGCACAUAGCCGACAAUAGCAAAGAACUGGAGAACCACAUGAUCAACCACUGUAAAACAAGAAUAUACCAGUGCAAGCAGUGCGAAGAGUCUUUUCAUUAUAAGAGUCAACUGAGGAAUCACGAGAGAGAGCAACACAGUCUCCCAGACACCUUGUCAGUAGCAGCUUCUAAUGAGUCAAGAAUUUCCAGCGAUACAGCCGACGGGAAGUGUGUACAGGAAGGGAAUAAGUCUUCAGUCCAGAAACAGUAUAGAUGCGAUGUUUGUGAUUACACAAGUACGACAUACGUUGGUGCCAGAAACCACAGACGCAUCCAUAAUUCUGACAAGCCGUACAGAUGCUCUUUGUGUGGCUAUGUGUGCAGCCAUCCUCCAUCUUUGAAGUCUCAUAUGUGGAAACACGCGAGUGACCAAAAUUAUAACUACGAACAAGUAAACAAGGCUAUUAAUGAUGCAAUUUCACAAAGUGGCAGAGUUCUGGGGAAAACCCCUGGAAAGACUCUAUUAAACAGCAGUGAAGAAAGAGCCGAUCAUAUCAGUGGAAGUUCGGAAAACUUGGUCUCAUCCUCAGAGCUGAUUUCCCAGACCCCCAGUGAAAUUGUAGGCCCCAACGAAAAUGAGAAACUGAGCCCUACAAGCAAUACCUCAUGUAGCUUAGAAAAAACCUCCAGUCUCGCCCCUCCUGGUAUGGAGUACUGUGUUUUACUCUUCUGUUGCUGCAUUUGUGGCUUCGAAUCUACCAGCAAAGAAAAUCUCUUGGAUCAUAUGAAAGAGCAUGAGGGUGAAAUCGUAAACAUCAUCCUAAAUAAGGACCACAGCACAAAUCUAAACACAAAUUAGUUGGAAUAAUUACUUGAAGAGGAAAACAGUUUUACCUUUGCAUUGUCAAAUAACUUACUAGACACGGAAGAAAUAGUUGGGAUGAUUUUUGAGGAAAUGACAAAUGUCAUUACCUUUGGAACCAAAUUUGUAAUCAAAGGAAUUCCAAAUGGA